CAACUUUGAUCACAUGACCUCUACACUGAUCAGGGUUAUCCAGGUGCUUGCUCUGCAGAAGACAGCUGGUCAAUGUCGUGAAGGUGCAUUCAUGUGUGCAGUUAAUUAACUCAUUGUGAAAUGUUGUGUUUUCUUUCAAUGGUGGAUAAUUAACUGAUCAAUAAAACUUUUUUUUUUGGAUUGUGAAUAAUUAAAGUGGUGCCUUUUUUGAAAAUAUCAGGAUGUAUAUUAAGGCAGAGAUAAGUGAAGACGAGGAAGCUGAUACAAACAGGUCACAGCAAGAACAAGUCUCCAGUUCUUCUGAUACCAACAAAACACUAAAUAAAGAGAAUGACAGAGAUUCUUUGAUGUUCCACACACCAAGUUUUGGGGAAGAAGACUAUGAUUUUCUUCAGGAAAAACCAGUCAUUGGUUUGAAAUCAUCAGUUAACCAGGAAAUAAGUUUUUCAGACACUGCAAAUUUUUCAAAUGGUUUUGAUGCAGGUUUUCAAAAUCUUCAGUUUUAUCGCCAACAGCAACCAGCAUUCCUGACGACCGCAUCGCGUUCCCAGUUUACCAACAGUAUUAAUAAUACUCAGUCUGGUGGCUGUAGACCUGCACAGCAGCAACAGCAACAACAACAAACAUUACAACAACAACAACAAUCAUUACAACAACACAUCUAUGAUUUAAAAUCGUCGGCACAACAUAAUCAAAGACUAUACCAAAUGGCGUCUCAGCGUGAUUCCAUAUUUGAAUCUUUGGAAAACAUUACUCCAAAAUUUCCACCGCAGGAUGUGGACAUACCGGACAUUAGUUCUGCUAAUGGAAUCGAGACCACAACAUCUGCGUCUGUUAUGAGUUCAGGAUUUUCUGCCAGUCACAUGUACGGACAAUCAAACAUGAAUACAUCCCCAAGGACGCACCCGGACAUCGGCAUGCACGCUACUUCUCCAGUGAGUACGAUCAGACCGCAAAGUGUUACGACAAUAUCACCCACUAGUUCUUCUGUAUCUAACGUAUCAAAUGUAACUCCACCAAUGGAGAGUAGUGAAGAUAGUGAUGACAGUGUACCACUUGCUCAGUUGGUAAAACGACAAGCUCAGGAUGAGAUCCCUACACCAUCGAAACCAGCACCAAAACCGGCCGGAGUAAAGAAAUCUAGAAUGCAAAAGAAAAAGAAGAAGAAAGAUCCAAAUGAGCCGCAAAAGCCAGUGUCAGCAUAUGCCUUGUUUUUCCGGGACACCCAAGCAGCCAUUAAAGGACAGAAUCCAAAUGCAACAUUUGGAGAAGUUUCAAAGAUAGUAGCCUCUAUGUGGGAAGGUCUCGAUCCAGAUCAUAAAAAUGAUUACAAGAAGAGGACGGAAAUUGCUAAAAAGGAGUACUUGAAGCAGCUAGCUGCAUAUAGAGCCAGUCUUGUAUCUCAGACAAGAAUGGAGGAAUCCCCUUCUCCUCCACACAGAUCCCCCACAGGCACUUCUCCACAGCACAUGAUGGGCUACAUGAAUAGUAUCAGCCCACAACACAUGGGUUCCCCCGCACACAUGGGCUCCCCUGCUCACAUGGCUUCUCCUGCACACAUGGGCUCUCCGGCACAUAUGGGUAGCCCAGCACAAGUGGUUCCUGGGUGUCAAACUCAUAUCUCUAGUCCGUAUCAUAUGACAAGUCCGCAACACGUGUCUAGUCCUCAAAACAUGAUGGGCCAGCACGUGACGAGCCCACAACACAACAAUCUAUACAGCCCACAGUCUCCACCACAACAAUAUAAUGUUGGUAGCUAUAACAACAAUCAGUCCAUGGACAUGAUGGAUAAUGGUGGAAUGAGGUUUGACUCCCAACGGUUACCACCCACUGGGGGUAAUGCAGGGAGGGUAUUAUCAGGUGGUAUGUGUAUCAGAAAUGGUUGUGUAAAUAGGGCAAUAGACAACAUAGGCUGGGACAGUGAGUACUGUAGCAACGAAUGUGUCGUCUCUCAUUGCAGAGAUGUUUUCACAGCCUGGGUAGCUAACCGUCAAGUCCCGAAUAAUGCGUUCACAGUGAAAUGAUUACUGCAUCGCUCAAUUGGGAGGAGACAUUCCAAAAUGGAUUGAACCAAAACAAGCAACGCUGGACAACAUUUUGUUGACUGAAUUACAGUGAACAUACUUCACUAACAAACUGGGAACAUACUUGUAUAUGUAUGGAUGUUUGAGAAACAGGGAACACACCUUUGUUUGUUAAUCUGUAAUAUAUGAACAUGUAUGAAGUGUAUUACAUACAAAAAUAACAGAACUACAUUGCUGGAAACUAAGACUAGUUCAUAAUGAUGUGUUGACUUAUCUGAAGAUAUCAUAUUAUACACAAGAUCUUGUAUCAGUGUACAUAUAUGAAUACUAAGUGGCAAAUCAUUGCUUUGAUAAAAUUUAUAUACCUACUUUACAUUAAAGAAAUGAAAGUUGUAUUGUCAAAACAUGUGGAAAUGUAAAUUUAAUAUGUUUAAGUGAUUUUUUUUUUGUGUACAUGAAAGAAAUAUGAGGCUUUUUUCUUCACAAGACUGAUGUGUUCAAUUUAAAAGAGAGAAAGAUAUUUUUAUUUAUUAUUAUUAUUAUUUUUUUUUUUUUUUUUAAAGUCUAAAGACAAUGUUUUACACAUUUAGCAGUGUACUACCUUUUGUCAAGUAUUUGCUGCUAUUUUCAUGACAUUGACAUGCACAUGUUACACGACUCUUACAAGAAGUUUUAUACUUAAGCUACUAUCUUGUAGUCAUGCUAAAAGUUGAGUAGGUAGGUUAAAGCCAGUCUGACCGAUGUCUAGGUCUGUCAAACAUAUACAUCUUAAAUCAUAAACAAUUUCUAAGGUGAGGCUGACAUUAACUAAGUGUCAGCCUAUGUUGUAAACAACAUGUCAGAUUUAAUUAUAUCAUACGCUGAUGACAUUCCUUGCAAUCUCUAAACAGUUCUUUGACAUGAAAUAUUUUGCUCCAGAUUUGAGAGACAGUACUGAGAAAUGACAGUUAUUGUGUCAUGUAUUGCAUUCAUUUCAGUAUCAUAUUCGUCGGUUAUUAUUUGUUUCCAAGGAAUUUAAUUUCACGUUUCAAAUUUUAGAAAAUAAUAACUGUAAUUUUAAGUUUAGUUUCAGUACAAGAGUCUCUACCAUUCAAGAAUAUUUACUGGUAUAAUAUAGGUCUUAUAUAUACUUAAAAGUUAAACAAUGUAAAGGUAAACAGAAAACAAAGUACAUGUACAUGUAGGUUAUCUGAAGCAAUUAUUGUAUGGUCUGGUUUAUUUCUGAUGAACUUUCUUGUAUUUUUGUAUUUCAUAUUUGAUACUUAUUUAAUUUGUUCUAAAUUUUGAACUAGUAGAUCUACAUGGUAUCAUAUUAUUAUAUUUAUUGAUCAAGCUAAUAUUAAACUUAUUUUUUUAAUAUGAAAAUCUAAACAGUAUUGAGUUUGUUGGUUUUAAGAUUUAAGUUAGCAUUUUGUUUGAUUUAAAAAAAAGCACAUAAGUAAGCGUUAUUUUUGGUUGAAUGAUUAACUUUUGUUGUUUGUGUUAGAUUAUUUUUUUUGUAUAUUAUUUAAUGUUUUUAGAUUAUGUUACCUUUUGUAUAGAUAUAAGGCCAUGCCAACUUUCUUCUAAAAUGUACCAUGUAGUAUUUAGAAUUUAUGGAAAGUUUUUAAUACCAGCGAUUUUUAUUUUACGAAAAUAGUCUUGUUCUCCCUCAGCAGUUAGUUUGUAUCCAUUUACGUUUAAUUAGGACCGUCAUUGUAUAUCUCGAUAUCGAUAUUCAUCAUCUGAUACAAUAAUAUAGAUACACACUUUCAAAUAUCGAUACAAGCUAAAAUUUAUUUAUUUCUUUUAGUAAAUAUAUACAUUUCAAUUUUGCUAAUAAGAGAAGUCAUUUUUUUACAGUUUUCUAGGCUAACUUGAACUUUAAACUGUGUUGACAAAAAUAACAGAAAAAACUUUCGGUUAGUUUGUAGUAUUUGUAGUAUUAUACAAGCAUGCAUAACACCAUGAUCCCAAUUUAAAACACACAUUUAAAUGUUUUUCAUUGUAUCUACUGUUAAAGUUGAUAUAUCUCUGAAUAUAUCAAUACAAAAGUGUCCAUCAAUGACAGCCCUAGGUUUAAUAUGUAAUACAUUAGAGAAGAAUUCAAAGUAAGAAGAAAUGUUGGCAUGGCCUGUUUUUAGUUAUCAUAUAUAUGACAGGGACUGCCCACACUUACAUACAUGUAUAAAAUUAUUUAUUUAUUCUUUUAAACAGUGCAUAUGGAAUAUCUUUUGCAAGGCCACACAAAAUAAACAAGUGCUCUUUCAGUUUUAAAUGUCUUGGUUUUUUGAUUGGGGUGGUACACAUAAUUCAAAAUGUAAGCUAUUAGUUAUUGUAUACAAAUUAAAUUUUAAUUGCUAUUCUUUUAUUACCUUAGACAUAAAUUAUAUACAAGAGUCUUGUAUGUAACUAAAGAGCCUGACAAAGGCAAUGUAAGAGUUAAAAGCUAAUGAACAUUUAUUAAAUGAGUGUGGCCUUGGCAAUACUUAUCUACCUGAAUGAAUGAAAAUGUGCUCAUAUUAUGUACAUAAUGAAUGGUUGAGUUAAAUUGUUUUUUCCCCUAUGUACAUAUUUAAAAUUUAAAUGCUGCUGUAUAAAGCAUACUCCAGUAUUACAUGUUUGUAUAAAAAAGUUUUGUGUAUCAAUUUUCUAUGUCUUAAGUUUGCCAUAGAGAAUUAUAGUAAAUGCCAUAGGGAAUUAUAGUAACUUUAGAAACAUAAUCUAAGGGAUGGAAUAUUACUGAAUUAUUCUUUUUUAUCAGCCAGUGAUCAGUGAGUGUAUAUAAACUAUCUCUUAAGACUAAAAAAUCAUUUUCAACAAGACAACUUGUUUUAAACUUAAUUUUUUUUUCUGCUAAUUUAUACAAGUUGAAAGAAUGAUUAAAGAACUCUAUUGAGUUUGGAGAACAAAACUAUGAUAGCAUAAGAAUGAUUCCUUGUAUUAAAUCUACAUACAACAGCUUUGGAUGUUGUAUUUGUUGAUUAAACAAUGUAAGUUAAUUAUCUUAUCAGUUAAAGUUAAAACGCUCCUUCAAGUCGGGGUAGUUAUUUUGAUGAACAAUGUUAAAUUAUCAUGUAUCUGCUGUAUCACAAACAUUAAUUUAUGUUCCAUUUUUGUUUUAAGUAUAUUUAAGGGAAAUAUAAUAUGGUAUAAAGUCUUUUGUUUUACAAUUGUUUCAUUUUGUUUUCAUAAUUUUCUAUUCAAUAAGGCCUUGUACAAAGAAUUAUAUAAUUUUGGAACAUUCGUUAACCAUUAUUGAAAACAUCUGAACAUUUGCUGCAUUAAACAAUUUUGUUGUCAUUAAAUUGCCCUUCAGUUUCUGUUCUUGCAUGUAGUUUUGAAAAUGUAAAUUUAAAUUCUUUGUAACAAAGAAAUGGGGAAAUAUAAAUGAAAAAUAUGGUUUGUUUUGUAUAAUAAUUCAUUUUCUUAUUUCAGAUUCAUUAUUUAUAUCUUUGAAAGACGAAUGUAUUGUUAAAUCAUGAAGUUGAUCGAGGAAAUAAUAUCAUUGUAAAAUAUACCAUCAGAAUUAUAACCUGCUUCAAAAAAUCUUAAAUAAUUUGUUGUAAUAUAUUUGCAUUUCAUUAUAUUUCAGAAUAUGUGAACAUGAUUAGUAAAUUACAUUAAAUCUAAAAAUUAAACAA